AUGGCUUCGACUGAAUCAUUGACGCUCUCGAGCGCCACAUUCGCUAAGCUUUCCCCCCACCCAUUCCUGCUUGCCAACCUUCAACCUCCCUCAGGCACGUCUAUUCGUACAAAUGGCCGCCAGCCAAAACAAGCCCGACAGCCCUAUAUCAACACUUCUUCUCUAUCGCAUGCCCAUGGAAGUGCAGUCGUACGCACUGGCGAUACCACAGUAAUAUGCGGCGUACGUGGCGAGACCUUGCUCACCUCUGCUAUUCCGAAUUAUCGUGCCCCAGACGACUUGACUGAUGCAAACCUGAACGAGGCCAAGGACUAUGACUUACUGGUCCCCAACAUCGAGUUGGCAACAGGAUGCGCGCCCAACUUCCUGCCGGGCGUACCGCCUACAACCCUUGCACAGACUCUGAGUACACGUGUCUACUCAUUGCUCCAUAGCUCCAAGCUCCUAGACGUUUCGCAACUGCGCAUCCACCAGCAUGCAUACUGGGUCUUAUACAUUGAUGUUCUGUUCGUCUCAUUUGACGGCAACCCAUUCGAUGCCGCCUGGGCAGCCAUUCUAGCAGCCCUGAGAGACACGAGGCUCCCCGAGGCAUACUGGGACCCCGACCGAGAAAUGGUACUGUGCAGGCAGAAGAAAUCGCCACUGAGCUUGCAUGGCUUCCCGGUGGCCACUACCGCAGCAAUCUUCACAGCAAAGGAGAAGCAAAAGAAGGGUGGCGGCAAGUACUGGACUCUCGUGGAUCCAGACAGACUGGAGGAGAGUCUGUGCGAUGAGAGUGUUACCGUUGUUGUAGAUCGCACGGAUGGCGAAACCAAGAUAUUGGGAUUAUCCAAGAGCGGCGGCAUUGUCGUUGGUCCUGAAGUCAUGGGCGACAUGGUUGCAAUAGCUGAGUUAAGAUGGGAGGAUAUGCAAAAGGCUACCAAGUGA